UGAUCAAUCCACCAUUUUCCAACACACAGCAGCUCCGGCAGCGCCACAGAGAAGAGAGCCACCCCUCUACCUGGAGAGGAAGCCAGGGACCGGGGCGCAGUCAUGGCAGCGAACAUGUACCGGGUUGGAGAUUAUGUUUAUUUUGAGAACUCGUCCAGUAACCCACUGCUGAUCAGGAGGAUAGAGGAGCUGAACAAGACAGCCAAUGGGAACGUGGAGGCCAAAGUGGUGUGUUUUUACCGACGCAGGGACAUCUCCAGCACACUCAUCGCUCUGGCAGACAAACAUGCGAGGGAGCUGGAGGAGGAAAUGGAGAAUCCAGAGAUGGCCGAUCUCCCUGAGAAACAAAAGCACCAACUCCGACACAGAGAGCUGUUUCUGUCCCGCCAGCUGGAGUCCUUACCCGCCACACACAUCCGGGGAAAAUGCUGCGUGACUUUGCUGAACGAGACCGAAGCCCUGAAGUCGUACUUGGAAAGAGAGGAUGCUUUCUUCUACUCACUGGUGUAUGACCCUCAGCAGAAGACUCUGUUGGCUGAUAAGGGGGAGAUUCGAGUCGGGAACAAAUACCAGGCGGACAUCACCGAUCUCCUCAAAGAAGAUGAAGAUGAUGACAGGGACCUGACCAAGAUGGAGGAGAAGGUGUGGGAACCCAACAGCUCUCUAACAGAGAAACAGAUUGACCAGUUUUUGGUCGUAGCUCGCUCAGUAGGUACGUUCGCCCGAGCGUUGGACUGCAGCAGCUCGGUGCGGCAGCCGAGCCUCCACAUGAGCGCCGCUGCAGCUUCCAGAGACAUCACUUUGUUUCACGCCAUGGACACCCUCCAUGCCGCCGGCUACGACAUGACCCGGGCCAUCGCCGCGCUGGUGCCUCAGGGGGGACCCGUCCUCUGCAGGGACGAGAUGGAGGAGUGGAGCGCCUCGGAGGCAAAUCUGUUUGAGGAGGCGCUGGAGAAAUAUGGCAAAGACUUCACAGAUAUUCAGCAAGAUUUUUUGCCCUGGAAAUCCCUGACGAGUAUAAUCGAGUAUUACUACAUGUGGAAGACCACAGACAGAUACGUGCAGCAGAAACGGCUAAAAGCAGCAGAAGCAGAGAGCAAGCUGAAGCAAGUCUACAUCCCCAACUACAACAAGCCCAACCCAAACCAGCUGAGUAACAACGUCAAGCCGGCUCUUCUGAACGGAGCGGUGGCUGGAGGCGUCCCGGGACCGCCGGGCUCGGGUCAGAUCCCCGGCCUGGGCAGAGCCUGUGAAAGCUGCUACACGAGCAGCUCUUACCAGUGGUACUCCUGGGGCCCCCCCAACAUGCAGUGCCGCCUGUGCGCCUCAUGCUGGACCUACUGGAAGAAGUACGGCGGCCUGAAGAUGCCCACGCGGCUGGAGGGCGAGAGGCCUGGACCCAACCGCAGCACCAUGAGCCCCCACGGCCUCCCUAUGCGACACAGUGGCAGCCCCAAGUUCGCAGUGAAGACCCGGCAGGCCUUCUAUCUGCAGACCACCGCCCUGACCCGGGUGGCCCGCCGCCUCUGCCAGGACAUUAUCCGACCGCGAUUUAUGGCCAGGCACCCCUACCUCCCUGUCAACACGGCGUCCAUCAAAGCAGAAUGCGCACUACGGUUACCAGACGGGCCCAAAAAGCCUCUGCCACUGAAACCCGUGCAACGUAAACCCCUGGAGUCUGUGGUUCGGUACUUAGAAGCACAUCCCCGUCCUCCGAAGCCAGACCCUGUGAUCCGCGGACCCACCAUCUCAACAGGCAGCUUGACCCCCAUAAAGUCCUCCCCCAUCCUGAACAACGGCUCCCCCACCAUCCUGGGCAAGCGCAGCUAUGAGCAGCACAACGGACUGGAUGGGAAAUCCAAAGGCCUGACGCCACAGUGGGAAAUCAUGGCCAAACGGGUCAGCGAUGCGAGCCGAAUGGCGGCCUCCCUGCAGGAGGAAGUUCACGAACUGGACUGAGUUCCUGCAAGAGCGGCGUCGACUGCAAACCCGAGUGAGAUGUGCUUUUAACAUUUGAAGGCAGCUGAUGGAAGCUGGAGCAGAGAGGAGGACACAGCAUUGGCCACUUUUCUUCAGUCGGUCCGGUUCUGCUGGAGACCAGUCCAUAGUCCAUCGCUGGCGUCUCCCAGACGACGAGUCUGACUGUACAGGACUGUGUUUAUUAUUUACAUUUCUCGUUAUUACUGUCUUUGUAAUUAUUGUUAUUGUUAUUUUUCUUUUUUUUACCAAUUAUAAUUCAGCUUAUUGUUUGUCGAUCAAAUUAUGAAACUUCCGAGGUUUUGGGGGAAACCGCCUGCAGAACCCUGUGAAGAUCAGGUGGAAGAGGAUUUUCUCGAAACCGUUUCUGGUUAGAAAGGAGACGCACUUUUCUUUCAGCUCGUCUUUUGUUCCUUUGAAUCCGAGGACGCUGGCCGGCGCGUUUUCCGUUGUGAGCUGGUUCCGCUCUUCGGCCCGAGAGGUUUAACUUAUUGAAGGAGACCUGGUGUUUUUUCUACCUUUUACACAGCUAAUGCAUCUAUGCUUCAAUUCUGUAAUAAAAACAAUCGAACGGAACUUUCCCUCUCAUUUUGGCGUCUCCGUACCGGAGGAGGUGAAAGCUGUCAAAACUUUGCACUGAUUGUUCCCUUUUCCAGCUGGUGUUGGCCUGUUUUUCUUACUCCUCAGAGGUAUGCAAACAGGGUAUAUGCAAAUCACCGGAGACUUUUCAUUCCUAAUGGCUUUGUAUGUUAUCAGUAUUAGAUCAGAUUUGAUGCUCAACGGCAACAUGUUUUGUAAGGAAACACGUGAAAAAGCAAAAAAAAAAAAAGCAGGAAUACAGUCUGCUUUCAUGUCCA